AUGCAGCUCCUGACCCUCAGCCUCUUCCUGGUAGCCACAGCGGCCCAGGGGGGAGACAAGGUGCUGGGAGGGAAGGAAUGUGUCCCCGGCUCGCAGCCCUGGCAGGUCGCGUUGUUUGACUUCGGCCGCUUCAACUGCGGGGGCACUCUGGUGACCCCGAGAUGGGUGCUGACCGCGGCCCACUGCUUCACCCGCCUCAUCCGAGUUCGACUCGGGGAGCACAACCUGAAGGUACUGGAAGGCUGGGAGCAGCUUCGGGGGGUGAGCCGUGCCAUCCCACACCCCCACUACCGCGAGCGGGACCACAAGGAUGACAUCAUGCUGCUCAAAUUGACGCUGCCCGCCCGCCUGACGCCCAGCGUCCGCCCUCUGCCCCUGCCCACCAGCUGCCCCCAGUCCGGGGACCGGUGCAUCGUCUCCGGGUGGGGCCUGGUCGCCAACUCCAAGGUCAGGCUCCCAGACAGCCUGCACUGUGCCAACAUCAGCAUCAUCUCGGCCGCGGCCUGCAACGUGGCUUAUCCAGGCCAUGUGACGGAGGCCAUGGUGUGCGCAGGUGUGGAGGAUGGAAGCACUGACUCCUGUGAGGGAGACUCGGGGGGCCCCCUGGUCUGCGGAGGACAGCUCCAGGGCAUCGUGUCCUGGGGAGACGUGCCAUGCGUCACCACCACCAAGCCUGGAGUCUACACCAAAGUCUGCAAGUACGUGGAUUGGAUUCAGGACACUAUAAGGCGGAACUGA